AUGAGGAUUCAGUUGUACUUUCUCAGUGGAACAAUUGCUGUAGUAGUUGUCUCCCUUGGGACGAUGUCGCUCAUACGAAGGAUUCUUCGACGGCAUUCGAACAGGGUGACCAACGGAGAGAUGGCUGUUAUAAACACUGACGUAGACUCGCUGACCUCGAGUGAAUCAAUGGACAUGGUCCUCACAGUACUGUCUGACUCUACCACAGACGAUUCUUGUCAGGAUACGUCCUCUGGUACAUCACGGAAUGUUGACUGCAGACGCAAACGACGUAAGCUGGCUUCACUUAUAAGACAAAAGAGCCAGAAGGAGUUGAAGCUUGACCAUAAACAACAGGAGAUCAUACAAAUUGAUGCUGAAAUAAGAGAAGUUAUGCGCAUGCUCAAACAUAUAGAUAUCAGGGACAUUGCUCUGGAUGAGGAAGUUCAAUUCAAAAGACUGGAGUUGAUGUCCAUGUUUCCAAGCGUGACAGAGGACUCAGAGAAGGACAUUCGACAUAAGGAAGCAAUCUACCACCGGCGAUUCACAAAUAUCAAGUCUGCGGUCGACGCCAAGAAUCUCCUGACAAUGAUCAGGACAAGGAAACACGCCCUUGACCAACUCGAACUUCUCACUUACCGGAAGUACGUCAGUAUUCAACAUGACAUCGAGGCUAAAGACAAUUCUACAGUUUCUCCCCUGAAUCCCUGUCGGCCGAACUUCGAUCAUCUGUUCAGUGUUAUAAGGGAGAGGAUUGCCCAGCAGCAAGCUGGAGGACAGUUCGCCGACUUCGACGCCACGGCGGAUGAUGUCUUCCCUACAAUGUCCAAUUCUAGCCAAACCACCGAUAAUGGAACCCUCCAACUGCGGCUUGACCCGACACGUGCGCCACCGUCCGAGUCUGUGGUGUGA